GUUGAUCCUUAAAUAAAACAAAAAUCUAUCCGGUAAAGGGCUUUCAUGAAGAAAUUAAAGAGAGAAAUUACAAGUAAGAGAGAAACCAAGAAUUGUACACCGUAGAAACCACCUAAAACAACUGUAUGGAGUAAGACAAAAGGAGUGAAUACAUCUGGAAGAAAUUUUACUUAGUAUAUUUUUGCCCACCUUUUUGUCAUAAAGACUGCUAAGGAAGAGAGAAUAUAGUUUUCUAGAGAAAGAACAAGUGUGAUAUAAAAAUGGAAACCAUGGUUUCCGAAAUUCAAGUUGAAAGCAAGGAUGAGAAGAGACCCACAGAAGUUAGUCCUCAAGAUGAGAGGCAGGAGGAAAGAGCAUCAAUGCUUUGCUUCAAGAGAAGAAAGAAAGCAAGCAAAGCAGUGAAGCCCAAAGCUAGCUCUGAGGCUGCUGGCACAGCAAGAAAGUGUCCCCCAGAAGCAGGAGCUACCGAGCAGCCACGGCCCCCAGGGGGGGCCUGGGCCUCAAUCAAACGUCUUGUAACACGCAGGAAAAGGUCAGACUCUUCAAAGCAGCAAAAGCCCUUUGAGGCCAAAGUGCAACCUGAAAUCAGUGCUGAGGAUGCUGAUCUUUCUAAGAAAAAGGCAAAAUCCGGGCUUAAGAUUCCCUUCAUAAAAUUCUCAAAAGGAGAGAAACGAAGUAAUCAUUCCAAAAUUAUAGAAGACUCAGACUGUAGCCUCAGAAUCCAGGGAGAGGCUGAACAUUUGGAUACAAAAGCUCCAGCCCAAUCAGAUGACCAGGCAAUAAAGACCAAGUUGCCCCAGGAUAUAAGUAAAGAUGUCUCACGGAAAGAGGGUGACGAGGUCUGUGAACCAAAUGUGAGCAACAGCACAACUACAGCUGGAGAAAAAGUGGUUUCAGUAGAACUUGGGUUAGAUACGGGGCGUUCUGCCAUUCACCCAGGAGCACUAAUCCUUGAAAGAGAUACCGAAACGACGGAGGAAAAACAAAGUGUCCGACCCCAGCAAGCAAGCCCACUUGAAACUUCAGAAACAGAACAUCAGCCACCAGUGGUUUCUGAUGUUCCUCCCUCACCUGCAAUCCCAGAUCAGCAAAUUGUGGAAGAAGCCAGAAGCAAUAUCCUAGAAAGUGGACCAAACUGGGGAGAGCAUGACAGUAGAGAGAUUAUAGCUGAAGAGAGUGAGCAAAAAGACACUGAAUUGAGCCAGGAAUCAGAGCUGAGAGAAAAUGAGGUCACUGCAGAGAAACCCAAACCAGAAGAAAGCAAAAGAAUGGAGCCAAUUGCUAUUAUUAUUACAGACACUGAAAUCAGUGAAUUUGAUGUUAAGAAAUCUAAAAAUGUCCCUAAGCAAUUCUUAAUUUCAAUUGAAAAUGAGCAAGUAGGGGUUUUUGCUAAUGAUAGUGGUUUUGAGGGUAGAACUUCAGAACAAUACGAAAAACUCUUAAUAGAAACAGCUUCUUCUCUUGUCAAGAAUGCUAUCCAAUUGUCUAUAGAACAGCUGGUUAAUGAAAUGGCCUCUGAUGAUAAUAAAAUGAACAAUCUUCUAUAGUGACUUCAUUUCCAGAUCAUGGAAGGAAAAAAAAAAAGCUUCAUGUUAAAUUAUGUUGCAUAUUUGUGGCAUUUCUUAUUCAGUUAAAAUGAGAGGUUUAUCAUCCGUGGAAUUUACAGGUACAGUUCCAGCCCAGAAGUGCUAAAGAAUUUAGUUU